AUGGGUUCGAUCAAACCAGUAAAGUUGGGGAAUUCUGGCUUGAAGAUAUCACCAAUUUUAGUUGGCUGUAUGUCAUAUGGUUCAAAGAAAUGGCAAGAAUGGGUUAUAGAAGAUAAACAAGAGGUCUUUAAGAUUUUGAAACACUGUUAUGAUAGUGGACUACGGACGUUCGAUACUGCAGAUUUUUACUCUAAUGGAAUAAGUGAGAGAUUACUGGGGGAGUUCUUGAAAACUUACAAUAUUAAUAGGGAAACAGUGGUCAUACUGAGUAAGGUGUUCUACCCUGUCGACGACACAAUGGAGCUGAAUCCAUCAUUUGAUUCAGUCGAAAAUGAAUUAAACCUAUCAAACCAGCGUGGUCUAUCGAGAAAACAUAUACUUGCAGGUGUAAGCAAUUCAGUCAGGAGGUUGGGUACAUAUAUAGAUGUGCUACAAAUUCACAGAUUGGAUCAUGACACUCCAAUGAAGGAGAUAAUGAGGGCCCUUAAUGAUGUUGUGGAAAGGGGUGACGCUAGAUACAUCGGCGCUUCUUCCAUGCUGGCUACCGAAUUUGCUGAAUUGCAAUUUAUUGCCGAAAAAUACGACUGGUUUCAGUUUAUAUCCUCCCAAUCGUGCUAUAAUUUGCUAUAUCGUGAGGACGAAAGAGAAUUGAUUCCUUUUGCCAAAAAACAUAAUAUUGGACUGAUUCCAUGGUCACCUAAUGCCAGAGGCCUAUUAACUCGUCCUCUUCGUCAGACGACUGAGAGAUCCAAGAAAGAUUGGGGGUUUAAAGUCGUAAAAUUGGAUAAACUAGAGGAUAGUGACAGGGAAAUUAUUAGUCGUGUGGAGGCAAUAGGCAAAGAGAAAGGGGUUUCCAUGGCUGCCGUAUCAAUGGCAUGGGUGCUGCAUAAAGGUUGCUAUCCUAUUGUUGGUCUGAACUCUGUUGAACGAGUGGACGAAGCAAAGGAGGCUCUCAGUAUAAAGCUUACCGAUGAUGAAAUAUUGCAUCUUGAGGAACCAUAUAAAACAAAGGCUUCGCUCUUUUAA